AUGUCUGAGACCGCCUUGGUGCCCGAGACCGAGACGGAGCCGGCCGCAGGGCUCAGCUUGGAGAGCCAAAGCCGCGUUACUCAGAAGGUCACAGUGUCCCUCCUUAGCGGACGGUCCGUCCAAGUUCCCGCGACAGACGACACGAAACUUGGUACGAUUCGAGUGGAGGCAGCUCGCUUGUUGGGUGUCUGCGUCGCGAAGUUGGUACAUGCAGAUGGCUCGUCGGUUGAUGAACAGCAGACCCUGGCAGAUGAGGGCCUCGAUUUAGAUCAGCCACUACAAGGUCUGGUGCGCACAACCAUCGAGGUGGGAGACUUUGUGAAAGUCCAAGACGGAGUGACGCCAGCCUACGGCUGGGGCGCUGUCAAGCCUGGCCAGUGGGGGAAACUUGUCAGCAUUUCAGGCGACAAUUGCACUGUCCACUUUCCAUCACAUUCAGGAUGGAGUGGAAAACUCGAGGAGAUGGAACUGAUUCCGAAGGAUCAUCAGCCAGAAACGCCGGUGAGCGAGCAACCACAGGUGAGCAGAAUGGUGGGCAAUUGCCACUUCGAGCUAGGAUCCUUGGUGAAAGUCCGAGACGACGUGGUAGCUCCAGUGCAUGGCUGGGGCAAUGUCCAGCGUGGCGACCGCGGGCGAGUCCAAGCCAUCCGUGGAGACACCGCCACGGUCAAUUUUCCAAGCCAGUCGGGCUGGUCAGGUGAACUCGAGGAGCUGGAGACCUGCUAG